AUGAGUGAGUGUAAAUUGGUGAAGCUGGUUUUGCACUUCUCUGUAGCAGCAUACAGAGGGCAUCAAGAGGUAGUCAAGCAGCUGCUUACGACCGACGGCGUGGACCCAUUCACUAAGAAUUUCAAGGGGGAGACACCGCUAUCACUUGCAGCAGGAAACGGGCAUGAGGAUAUGGUCAGGCUGCUACUCAAAGUGGAGGGUUCUGACCCAGAUACUAAGGAUUUCCUGGGGGAGACUCCACUAUGCUGGGCGGCAGGUAACGGACAUGAGACAGUGGUCAAGCUAUUACUCGUCACUGGGGUGGACCCAGAAUCUAAGGAUUCCGACGGACGAACACCCUUUGUCGUUAGCGGCAGGAAAUUUACGAGACCCGUAAUUUUAGUGCCCCUUAUAUUUACAUUGUCAAAUAUCUUACACUUGGAUAGCAGUCAGCUGCAGUGGCAAUCUAGAAGUGAGCCAUUGCUCUAA